AGAUCAGUUAGGAAGAAUAUGGUAGUUCAAGGUUGAUAAGCGCAUAUCAAAGACGUUAAAAAUGAGCAGGUCUCGCUUAUUAAACACUAUGAAGCCGCUAAGCGCUUUAUUACCAGAAGUUGAAGGACCACAGACCCGCUAUCAACUCAUUGAAAAAUUGGGUUGGAUGGCCGGUUGUGUUGUGGUUUACCAGGUCUUGCUAAACAUGCCUGUUUACGGUGCCGCAAAACGCGAUUUCGUGGACCCUAUUAACGUAUGGCGUGUGCUGGAUGGUUCUUCUGCAUCUGGUGCCUUGGUCACUGGUUUGGCCCCUAUUUUUCUUUCUGGUUUUCUAAUGCAACUUUUGGCUGCCGGUCGUAAAAUUGCUGUUAAUUUUAAUUUAAUCAGCGACCGAGUCAUGUUUCAAAAUACCCAAAAAGUUUUCUCUGGUUUUUUGUACCUCCUUUUAUCCAUCGCAUAUGUCGUAUCAGGUUACUACGGCCACGUUUCUGAACUUGGUAUUACUUUAUCUCUCAUUUUCGUAGUCCAGUUGUUCAUACCAGGAAUCAUAUGUAUUUAUUUAUGCGAACUCGUUGAAAAGGGAUACGGCUUAGGCUCCGGACCUGUUCUUCUCUUGUCGUCUCAUAUCGUUUCUUCUUUGUUCUGGCAGAUACUGAGUUUCAACCGUUAUCAAUUGACCGAAGACAUUAGUCAAUAUGAAGGUACUCUUGUUGGUUUUGUAUUUUCCCUGUUUUCUUAUAAGGAAAAAUUUUAUGCCCUUCGAUCAAUUUUCUUCCGCACUGAGCGUUUAAAUUUCUUUAGUCUGUUGGCUUGCGUAGGUGCAUUUGUUGGCUUCAUUUACCUUUUGUGCAUGAGAAUCGAUAUCUCGAUUCGUUCUUCCCGUGUUCGUGGUUUCCGUCAAAACUUUCCUUUGAGAUUGCUCUAUACUUCCGCCAGUCCCUUCUUGUGUAUCUAUUCUGUUGUUUCUCAUCUUUUAGUUUUGGCCUUCUUCAUUCACAGUAUGUUCCCUAACUCUGUCUUUACUCGCUUUUUGGUUCAAUACACGGAAUACGAAACUGAUCCUAUUCGACAACUGCGUCUUACGGGUGGACUAAUUUACUACUUUGUUCCUCCUUUGAGUUUAUGGGAAACCAUCACUUGCCCAAUCCACACUAUUGUCUAUGCUGUAUUUUUGUACUCUACAUCUGUGUAUCUUUCUCUCGCUUGGAUGAAUGCCACUGGUAGCGGACCUCGUGAUAUUCUUGCUUUCUUCAAGGAAAACCAACUUAUAAUAGCUGGUUUUCGUGAAGUGAGCAUGCUAAAGGAAUUGGAAAAAAUCGUUCCUAGUGCUGCUCGCAUCUCUGCUUUGGUAAUGAGCAGUUUGAGCUUACUUGCCGGUAUCACUGCUUCUACGUUCGGUUUAGGAGUAGUCAUUGCUUCCGCUAUUGUAUUUGCUUCUUUCGAAGUCAUUAUGGGUGCAAACCCUUCACUUGCUAAUGGACUUUAACGUUGAACUAACUAUUUAGUAGUAUCAAUAAUAGACAGAUUUCAUGAAGAAAAGCUUUUGCGUCUUUGAGCUAAUAGCGUUUUAGUAUUUUCAUUAUGUCUACAAAAAUUCUCAUUUCAUGUCUAUUCACUGUGAAAACUGUUGUUGUAAGUCGUUCUAUGAUUAAGAAACUAAGUAGGUAAGGUAGUCCACAAAAUUUAACUUUCUAAAUUAAA